CUUAGCAGCCUCUUAUUGUCUUGCACGGAGGAUUCCCAGAAUGGGUGGAAAGCUGACGACCUGGUUGGCCGGUUAAUUCCAACAUCCGUUUCCAGUUAAUGCAUCCCGGGGACUGAGUUCCCCUCCUUUUAUGACCAAGGGGCUUCGGGGUAUGAAUGUCAAGUAACAUCUUGAUAUAGAUAGCAAAAAUUAAUGCGAACACCCGCUUUUCUUAAUUAGUUUUCCUAGCGUCCGCACGUUUUGAUUGUAUGAUCCUUUGAUUUGUGGAGAAAAUGCAAACAUUCUGCACUGGAAGUUACGGCAAUCCAAGAAAUGUAGCUAAGGACUUUUAGAGAGGAACUUGGAAGCAAAAUAAACAAUCUGUGUCCUUGGAGUGACUGGCAACAUGAGUAAUCAGCUUGCUUGGAGUGAACAAGAUACUGUUGAUGGAAAGUCCAAAAAAGAGCAGAAAACAUCUCAGUCAUUUGUUUUUAAGAAUGCGAUAGAAGCAAAAGAAAGGAGAAAUGAUGUCCAAUGGGAUGUACAACCUCUCAUUUCCUCUGCUAAAUGGCUUCAACUUCAUGGACUCAAGAAGAACAAGAUGACUUUUUCUGAGAUUUUUUCCCAAAUUGGAUUCCAGCACAAAGAAGAUUAUGUCUCUGUCUUGGGAAAAAUUGUGGCUUCACGAUAUGCAGAUGGUUUGUAUCAUCAGUACAGAGCAAUAUCUGAUGGCAAGCUCUAUAAUUUGACAGCCAAAAAGAGUCUUCUCCUUCAUUUUGCAAAUAGUUUAACUGUAAUGAUUGAAUUGUACAAACGAAGAAUGGAGUGGUUAACUUCUGAAAGUCGGCAGAUUUUUGGAGUAAUACAAGAACAGAAUAUCACCAUUGCUCUGGAUUUUGGAACUGCUCCUUUAAGUGAGUUCAAUCUCUGCCAAGAAGCACUUUCUAUGGUCUUAAAGCAGCAAGUGGCCCAAAUUGAGAAAUUUAAUUUAAUCCGGGUGGCUCAGGAUCUUGUGAAGUGGCAAGGGAAACCUCUUUUUGUCACAAAGGACUCAAUAGAAGAUGCCAUUGAGUGGCUCUGGACAUUGGAAUACCUACCAGCUGUUUGUCACACUGGAUCUACAGAAACAAUCUUGGAGGCAUUGUUUGAUCAUACGAUAGAAGCUGUAUACUAUUUUGUGGUGGGUGAUAUACCAGAAUGUGCAAAGCACUUGCUCAUACAGAAGAUCUCAAGAAGUCCAUGUCCAAUCCAUACCGUAUCUUUCAAUGCUAGAGAAGAAGAAACAGUUGCUUUCUUAAAGGAUCUCAGUCAGCUAACCACUGGCAGGUUCCAUGCAUUUGCUGAAAGGACUGAUGAAGUGCUUGUGAUGGGCCCUUCACUCAGUAAGAAUGAGAAAGCUACCUUGUAUUCAAGAAGACUGAAAGGAAGACUCCCUUUAGGAACUGGUGUGAGAGAAGAUGUCUACCUGAUUUGGAAGGAACUAGAGGAAGCCAAGAAUAUCUUAAUCCAGAUAGAGAAAAUUCUCAUAGAGUUUGAGAAGUCUGAAAUAGUGGCAGCAGAAGAAAUGGAUAAAAUAGAAUGUGAGCCAGAAGUAAAAGAUUUUGUGAAUUCCAGAGAGUGGCUUCAGAAGAAUGGUUUGAAAGCCCAGAAUCUAACCAUACCUAGAGCUUUUUCUGAUUGUGCUUUUCGUCAUGUAAAUGGAAUUGUAGAUAUAAAAUCCAAGCCAGAAGAUGAAUUUCUUCAGACAAAUGCUGAGACAAAUAAAAAGGUAAUCCAUGCCAAAUACUGUAACAAUUUUAUACAUACUGUCUUGGAAGAUGGAUCUAUAAUUCAUUUACAUUUGGAUAAAGAAAGAUGCAAGGAGUUUGAAAAUAAAAUGAAGAGCGCUCUUUAUCAGAUGGAAGAAAGAAUUCAGGAUCUUAAGAAAGGAAGCCGAGCGCUCUUUGGCGAUGUCACAGAAGACCACAUCUAUAUCCUCAUUGAUGUAUCGCAGUCUAUGGUAUAUAAACUGCCUGUGGUGAAGGAGAAAAUAUAUCAACUUAUAAGAGAACAGUUUCAGAACAAAACCAGGUUUAACUUUGUUAAAUUUGAUGCUGAAGCAAUAGCCUGGAAAGACAAACUUGCUGAAGUUAAUGAAGAAAAUAUAGAAGAUGCUAUACUUUGGAUAAAACAACUUCAGGUUGGGACUACUACAAACAUACUGAAAGCGCUUCAGAUUGCCUUUGCUGAUUGUGACAUUCAAGCCAUUUAUCUUCUUACUGAUGGGAGACCUGAUCAGCACCCCAAUAGAAUUUUAGAUGAACUCAAACUUCGACAAAACAUUCCAGUUCACACUAUAUCAUUUAACUGUGAUGAUACUGGAGCCAAUCAAUUUUUGCACGAGCUGGCCAGCAGCACAGGUGGACGAUUUCACUACUACCAUAUUUAUCUGACAGAUCCUGUUUCCCCAAAACCUUUUGAGAGUGAGGAUAUAUAUUUGGUUAGAAGAGAGAUAGAACGAGGAAAAAAACAACUGAACAAAGUACAAUCCCUUUACACUGGCAGCGAUUUGAUGGAUUUGUUUAAUGGAGCAAAAGAUCUUCACGAUAAACAACCCAGGCAGACUUUUGCUACAAUCCCAGUAACCAUAGAAGUUGAGGGACUGAACCCCUCAUCUCAAGUUAGGCCCUAUUCUGCCUUUGAAGAGACUGCAUCAGCUUCAUCAGAACUCGAUAUGGCAUUUUCUGAGAGUCCAACCGCAAAGAAGAAAGUUUUAUAUGCAGAGCCAACAAAGAGUAGCAUGCUUAGAACUCAGCGCUACACAGCCAAGCCUUCUGAACAAAGUCAAGAUGGAAAAACGUCAGCUGAAAGAAAAGAACAGAAGAGCCCAAAACCUGAACAAAAGAUAAAUGAUGACUCUUUGGAUAUCCCUUCAGCUCAAUGGCUAAAGAUUCACGGUUUGAUUGCUAAAAGACUUACCAUAAUGGAUGCCUUAGCCCCAACAGCAGUUUCUCGUACAACUACUUACGUUCCAAUUUUAGAUAAACAUGUCGUUUCCAAAGUAUUUGAUGAUAUAUUCCCUUUCGCCCAUGUGAGCAGUGAUAAGAAAUGUGUCACCCUGCUUAACCCUCAAGCAGUAGAUCUUGAUGCCUACAGAAAGAAGGUGCAAGAAGCAAUAACAACGUAUGAAAGACGCCUUGACCAAAUUGUUUGGAAAGCAUUACCGCAGAAGGAAAAAGAGAAAUUUGAACAGGAUCAGCCAGUAUCCUAUGUGGAACAUAAAGAAUCUUUGCUUGAAGCCUUAGCCAAUGCAAAUUGGCCUGUUGCCAACGAGGACCUUGUGAUGUUGGAAGAUGAAAUUCUAACAGCAUUAACAUACCUGCAACAGGCUUCUGAUCUUCAAGUAGCCUCCAAAGAGGAACCCCAGAGAAUUUGCCCACUCCACAUAUGUCCCACUAAAGAGAACAAGAAAGAUGGCAGCCUGGAUAUAAAAAUUCAAACUUUGACUACAACUAAAAAAAUCAACUAUACAGAAUGCAACAGAAAAAGUGGAACAAUUAAAUAUUAUGACAGAAGAUUUAACCACCCAACAAACACAGAUAAUGGAAAAUCCAGAAAAGAAACAUGGAAAAGGAAAAGACUUUCUAUAUAAAUCAGAAAGAAUCUGAAGAUCAAGAAAAACAGAUGGAAGAGAAGAUAAACACUUCAGGACAACUACGUCGAGAUGGAAAAAUAAAGAAUCUGCUAGAUUGGCUAGACCUGCUAGACUUGCCAGCCCUUUCAAAAAAAUGGCGACUAGAUGGUUUUUUCAAUGGCAAAUAAUAUAUAUAACAAUACAAGGAGAUUUGUUUGAUGAUUCAAAAGCAUGGGCAUGGAAGAUGAUUUGGCAAAGAAAGAAAGUUAGAAUAAGACUGAAGAAAAAUGGGUUUUGAUGUACUUAUAAGAAUUAAAAUAGAAUAUACCCAAAUAGAUAAGAUGCGUAUUUAGAAUACAAGAUAUUAUUAUGAAUGGAGAUAAAGAAAACUUUGGUCAUUUAAAAUUCAGAAGUAUAAAUAUUAACUAUUAAAUCUGAAUAUUGAUUUGCUCAUAAAGAUUAUGUAAAAUGAUUAAGAUAUAUAUAUAAGCUAAAAACUUAUUGAUGAAUGUAAUAAAUAUGUCUUGAUGCAGGCUCAAAAGCAUGGAUAUGGAAGACGAUUUGGCAAAGAAAGGAAGCUAGAAUAAGACUGAAGAAGAAUGGGGUUUUGACUUAUUUAUGAGAAUUAAAAUAGAAUAUAUCUAAAUAGAUAAAAAGUGUAUUUUGAAUACAAGAUAUUAUUAUGAAUGGAGAUAAAGAAAACUUUGGUCACUUAAAAUUUAGAGUAGAAAUAUCAAUAGUUAAAUUUGAAUAUUGAUUUGCCCAUAAAGAUCAUAUAAAGGUGAUUAAGACAUAUAUAAGCUAAAAACUUAUUGAUGAAUGUAAUAAAAAUAUUAGCUUUAAAUAUGAGAUAGUAGAUACAAAGAGGAAGAGAGAAGAAAUUGAAAUAAAACAAAUUUUGGUUACUAUGUUUAAGAUAUUUGGAAACCAUUAGAAAAUAAGAAUAUUUUAUUGUAUUAUUAAUUUGUUGAUAUAGAUGGUGAGAAUUUAAAUAGAUAAGACAUAUACCCUGAAUACUAGAUUUUGUAAGGAAUUGUGAUAGAGGGAAUUGGGAACUUUUAAAACUUGGAAAUGAUAAAUAUUAAACGUUAAUUUUAAAUAUCAAUGGAAAAUUAAAAUUGGGAAAAAUUCACUAGAACAGUGAUUGUCUCAAAAAUUGAAUGUUAAAAUGAUGAAGAUAUAUAUAAACUAGAAAUUAUUGGUAAAUGUAAGAAAGUUAUUUUUUAUUUGAUUGAUAGAAUAAGAAGUGUAUUAAUUUAAAUAUGAGAGUACAUAUUAAGGGAAAAGAGAGGAAAUACUGUAAUAGUUUGGGAUUUGUACUAAUGAUAUUUGUAUGUAAUUGAAUUAUAGUAACUCAGUCACCACAUUGCUUUUCAAAGAUAUAAAUGUAAUAUUGGAAAAUCAAUAAAAAAUUUCAAAAAAAAGAGAAAGGGCUCUGCGUGCCCAGUCUGGCACGUAUGCCAUAGGUUCACCAGCAUGGAGCUAGGAAGUUCUUCCCUCCAGAAAUGUACUUUAGUGAGAAGUUAAAACCAUUAAAAUAUUGUGCCCACAGAACCUACUUAGGGGAUAACAUUCAUGGAGUUCUAAGUGCCUCAAGGUUCUUAUGGUCAGUCCACACUUCAAAUGGUAUCUUACUCCCCUCUAGGAAAUGGUGCCAGGUUAGAAAUGCCCAAUGCACAGCAAUGACCAAUGCCCAUCACUGCUCUGUGUCAGCUUCCUGGAGGUGUAAAUGCACAGUUGCAGGUCUUCCUUGGUGUUUUUCUGAAGAAGAACUGCACCCACUGCAAUGUUGCUAGCGUCCACUUGGAUAAUGAACUGCUCCUCGGGUUAGGAUAUUUGAGGACUGGUUCUCCGACUUACAACCUUUUGAGAUGUUCAAAUGCUGCUUUGCAUUCCAUAG